ACGGCGACAUGGUGUACGACAGCAUCAACCAGGGCCGGCGGGUAGACGUGCUGUGGCCCGACGAUAGGUGGCGCCAGCACGGCGGCAAGAACCACUGGGGCUCCUGGCUGCCGGACGGCCGGCAGGGCACGGUGGUGCACUUCUGGUGUCCGUCGCACCCCGACAGGCGCUACCGGUCGCACGUGGACCGCACGAUCCUGCUGCUGGAAAUGAACGGUGGCAACUACGUGCCGGUGGCCGAGGCCGGCUGCCACCCGGUCGACGACGCGCUCACGGAGCCCGAGCGGGUGGUCGAUGUGUGAUAGGCCGUGGCGGCCGCCGCCGACCCCGACACUGUGAUACUGACUGAGGCUGAGGGCGGCUGCGCGCGUCAGCGCCGCGGCCGCCUCCGUGCCGGCGCCUGGCGAGAGGCCGCCGCGGCCGAGGCUCGGCCGCGUGUGCUGGUCCUGCUUCGUGGCCGCGUGCUGGUUGUAUUCGUGCGUUGCAGUUUUUUUACGCCGGUGGUGUGUGUGUCCGCGUUUUCGAGGUGACCGUCGCAGUGCUGGGAAGGUGCGGCAAUUCCAAUCAUCACGUUGUAAUGCGACCCGUGCCUGUGUUGAUGAUCCCAUUGGUGCUCAUUGGAAGGUAGUGGACCCGGCCGGCUGGAAAUAAAGUCCAUUGGCAGG